AUGUCGUCUACUAGCAAUGAGAUUAAUCAAUUGAACGAAGCAGCAUCAGUAGCUGUUCUAGUUUUAUCAUUCAUAAGUUUUGUACCUGGUGGAAUCGGUCUGAUGUUUAACUUUCUUAUUUUCACUCGUCCAUCUCUACGUCGUGAACCAUGUGCAUUGUAUUUUCUCUCAUCAACAUGUUUCAGUUUUUUCGUUGUAUUCAUAAUAUUACCUGUGCGCAUCUUUGCAGUGAUCUUUAAUAUGGAUAUGGCUAAUUACAAUCGUGGAAUUUGUAAAAUAGAAUAUUUUGCUCUAUAUGCAACACGUGCAACAGCUUCAUGGUUAAUUGUAAUGGCAUGUAUCGAUCGCUUCAUCCAUAGUUCAUCAGAUGUAAAUAUUCGUCGAUUGAGUUCAUUAAAGACAACUAGAAUAGCUAUAGGACUAACCAGUAUUACAAUGAUCAUUCUACAUAUUCAUAUGAUUAGUUAUUAUGAAAUAACUUAUGUAUCUGAUCGAUUUGGUAAUAUUUCACCUUCAUGCAAUAGUCAAACUGGUACUUAUCGUACAUUUCUGGGAUUUUGGAAUAUGGCUGUGUACUCGUUUUGUCCAUCUUUCUUUAUGUUUCUCUUUGGUUUUCUUACACUUAAUCAUAUUCGUCUGCAUCAUCGUGUGAUUCCAGCGAAUGGUGAAACACAUAGAAUUGCUCGACGAACAGAUAUCCAACUCUUACGCAUGUUAACUGCUCAAGUGUUAGUAAUUAUCAUCUCUACUUUACCAUUUUCUAUCAAUCAACUCUACUCAUCGUUUACUAGCAGUAUUCCAAAGAGUACUCUUCGAAUUGCUCAAGAAAAUUUAGCAGCUCGUAUUGUAGGUACAACGACGUAUUUUGCUCAUUCAAGCAGCUUCUAUUUAUAUACACUAACAGGUUCAGUUUUUCGUAAAGAACUUUCCAACAUUCUUAGACGAUGUUGGCAGGCUGAUCGAAAUAUGUUCCCGAGGAUUCAGAAUGAAAUACAUCCAAUGUCACUUUUACAAAAAAGUCAACAAAUCACUGGUGUACGCAUUACUUCUCAACAGCCCAAACCAAAUAGCAAAAUCAUUCGAAAAAUCGAUAUUUAA